CCUGGUUCAGACCACCAUCUCAAUGCAUAUCUCAGGCACUCGGCUCUCUGCAGAGGAGGACAUUACUCAUCAAGCAGCCUACCUCCACCUGACUUAACUCACCUGCCUCACUGCCCUCAACAGAAUUACCCAGAGGUCAGAUAACUAACUGGAGGAGACGUUAUUCAUUCACUCACCACCACCCAACUGUCCACCAACUAGUUCAGCCAUUCUGGGAUCAACAGUACCCGAGUUACUACCAACUUGCAACCCAACAUUUUUUAAGAUAUCAGUAAAUGUUGGCCAAAAGGUCACCAAAGUUUAACCUGGCCUCUUAAUAACACCAAACUCUGCUGUGUGCUGCAAAAAAUCCACUUUGAGUCACCACAGUUAUAGAAAUAAUAAAGUGUAAAGGUCAUCCAAAGAUCACAGAGAGCGUAAAAAGAAUGGCCAACACACAAAGCAAACAUAAAUUCAAUAACUAUGCAAGGCUGAAGAAAAACACACUAAAUGUAAAACUCAAGGACACGACAUCAAUGACUGAACAGAACAUGACUUAAUACCGAAGCUACCAAACUGUAAAAACAUAACCCAAAAGUGAAAACCAAGGUGACAAAGUUCAGUCAAAUAAUUCACAGGGAGAACACAGUUUAUAUAGAUAUUUAACAACAUGCUGUCUGUGUGUGUGUGUGUCUGUGCCCCCGAGGGAUACAUGAAAUGAUUCAGUCUUUCCUUUCGAAUAGAGGAACUGAAACCUUUUAGGACAGCUAGGCUCAUUUCACAAAUUCUCUCAUCACAUCCCCCCACUGGAUCUAAAUGCUUUUCUUCUGAUGCUUUUUCAUUUUACUGUCACAAACGAGUUCACAGGAGGACAGCACAGCCCGUCUCCGUUUACCCUGCUGCAGCCAUGGCCGAGCAGAAGUGUCCUGAGGGGAAAACGUGGGACAUCCUCCUCAGGGACUGUUUCAAAAUGAAGUCGAUAGCCAACCGUAAGCUUCACCCACCGACAGAGCCCAUUCUGACCGUCGUGGACCCGAUCACAGCGAGACUCAGCCCCGCCAGGUCAACCGGUCCACCAGAUGGGCUGGUGCUGAGUCAGACUCUGUGGAUCUCCGUGAUCCUGGUCACUCUGGGGUCCGUCUUGGCUCUGACCCUUUGGUUUGUCAUAUUCAGACGGCAGACCAAAGCCCACAAAGACCUUGGCCCUGAACAAGAGGUUCUUCAGAAAGCAGAAGCAAAAGCCACGUUUUACCUGCCAGACAGAAAGGUCCCUCAGAGAGCAGAAAAUGGCCCCACAUCCUGCCAUCAGAUGCACCAGGGAGCCCAAAUGGAUCCAAAGUGGGAGGACGGCUUCAGCGUUUGCAGCGACCCCGCAAAGCAUGGCGCUGAAGAGGAAAACGGAGGGCUGCCUGCGUGCAGCACCGUGGCAGACCACAGAGUCCCACUUCCUGCCACAGAGCUGGGAGGCACUGCGUUAGUUACAACUAAAACUGUGUAGAUUUGUGUAAGCCGCAUCUGUGCCUUGUUUUUCAAAUGUUGUGGGAGACAUGUAUUUAGUGUCACAUAAUUUAGACUCAAUUCCUCGACGAAAAGCAAGAAUUUGUGUAGCAUCUGAAGCUUUAGGGGGUGUAAUUGUAGAGGUAAGGAUGCCCUUGGGUUUCCCCAAACGAUCAAACUCUGAAUAUGUGUUAGUCAUGUUUUAAAGUCUCUUGAGAUUUUAUGUUAUUCGUCAUAAUUUCAUGCUUUUUGUUUUAAUAAUCUGAAUCGUUUAUCACUUUCUAUAUUUCUGUAAUGCUUGUAUUUCAGUGUGUCAAAACCGCUGCAGCCUGUGUAAAACCUGCUUAUUAAAAUAUUCACGGAACAUAAAA